AUGGCGUUGAAGAACAGGUGGAUCCGUCCCGUUUGCACGCACGCGCCAGCCAGCCAUCCAGCCAGCCAGCCAUCCAGCCAGCCAGCCAUCCAGCCAGCCAUCCAGCCAGCCAGCCAGCCAGCCAGCCAGCCAGCCAGCCACUCUCCUUUCACCUUUAUGGGGAACCAGAUGGAGAAACGGACUCAUUUAAAUUACGUCGGGGUGCCCACAUCGGACCCGAAUGGUUUUGAGCCGGACGUCGACGACGGCCCGCGCAUCGGCGUCUCUUACAUUUUCUCCAACGACGGCGGCGGGGACGACGACGACGAUGACGACGACGACGACCAUUCGGAGCCGUUCCCGCCGGAGGAGCACCUCGCCAAGGACCAAGAGAAGGCUUUCCAACCCGAAGACGAGCUGGAGUGUUCGCUUUACUUCCGAGAGGAGUGCAUUUUCCAGAGGAACACCGGAACGGUGACCCACUCCGCGGAGAGUCUACUCAACAAGUGCAGCCCCGGAGACGUGCUGGAGUUCGUGGCCACGGGACAGUACCCGCACUGGGCCGUCUACGUGGGCGACUUCCAGGUGGUUCACUUGCACCGAGCCGAGAUCAAGAACGGCUUCCUCACCGACGUGAGCCAGGGCAAGAGAGGGCGCAUCGUCAACGGCCUUUACCGCUACCGUGCGCUCCAGCCGCAGGUGAUUGUGCGCAACGCCGUGGACCACGUGGGCUCCAAGGACCGAGAACUGUACUGGAGGAACUCGGAGUGCUUUGCGGCCUGGUGUCGCUUCGGGCGGAGAGAGUUCAAAAUGGGAGGGGAGAUCAGGAUCGGAAAACAGCCUUAUCGCUUCCAAAUGCACUUUUCCGACAAAAAGAGCCACGUCCUGGAGUUCCAGUGCCUGGAGGACGUGAUUAUGGAGCGCAGGAGGAAUGAGCAAAUUGGCAAGAAUGCUGUGAUGCAAGAACUGGCCACUCACCUCAACACAGCUGCAGCAGAAGCAGCGCAGGACUUUCAAGAGGAGCCUUGAGGCGGCGACUGAACCAAGCGCUUUUCUUGCCAUUUCUAUUGGUUGACAACACACACACACACACACACACACAGCAGGUGGAGUCACAAUUGUUUGCAUUAACCCUCCUCAGAAGAUUCCAUUUGACUUUUGUAAGCCACAGAAGCAGCUGCAAAAAAGCCAUCCUCAAUAGCACGCCCUUCUAUUUCUCAUGAUGGUUCACUCAAAAAGCCAGCGUCAGUAUCACACACACACACUUGUAUUUUUCUCUCUUUGUAGCUUCAUGAUGGAUCACCUCUCCUCUUUUAUCGAGUGGUGCCAUACAAUGUCUAUUUUUUGUCACGUUUUCAAUAUCUAAAUGGUGAAAAGAAACAAAUGAAAAGCAUUCAAAGGUCCAGGAUGAAGAACAUUUGCAAGACAACACGUGAUACAUGAGCUAUAGCCCCCAAUUUCGGAGGCCUCCAAAGGAAUGACUUUCAAUACGUGCGGCAGUUUGUUUGGUGAGUGCUGUUAGUUUGAGGCAACACUAUGAAUUGUAUUUGUGUGGAAGGGCUUGUCACAAAAGAUUGAUUUCCUUUUCAUUCGACAGCCAAACGUGCUUAUUCCUGUGAACUUUGGUUUGAUCUGCCAAAGGUAUGAAUAAUAAAUAUAAAUACAUCUCCUCAUUGUUUCUAUCCAAUCAUGGCACACAGCUUGAAGUGCUCUUUGGCUCCGUGAAUGUCGACAGUGUUUGCAGCCAUGACUUACGUAGCACUUUUACGUUUGAUUCCAAUUGUGUUUGUAUGAAGAAAGCUGAAAAUAAAUCUAUAUUUGAUCAACA